AUGGCUGCUAAGAAACUAAGAAGAGCAAGGUUGUCUCAGGAGCUGUGUGAAAGGCUGAGUCGCCAUCAGAUCACUACCUGUCAGGACUUUUUAUGUCUUUCCCUCUUGGAGCUAAUGAAAGUGACGGGACAGAGCUACUAUGAUGUGCAGAAACUUCUUCGUAAAGUCAGCCAAGCUUGUGCUCCCAAAAUGCAGACAGCUUAUGAAAUGAAGCUGAGGAAGUCUGUCAAUCCCUCUUCAGCCUUUUUGUCUACCACGCUGCAUAGUUUGGAUAAAGUCUUGCAUGGCGGAGUGCCCUGUGGUUCCCUCACAGAGAUAACUAGCCCACCGGGUUGUGGCAAAACUCAGUUUUGUAUUAUGAUGAGUGUUCUGGCUACACUACCUGUAAGCAUGGGAGGGCUAGAUGGGGCUGUUAUAUACAUUGAUACAGAGUCUGCAUUCAGUGCUGAAAGGUUGAUUGAGAUAGCAGGAAACAGAUUCCCUACUUAUUUUGACUCUGAUGAAAAGCUGUUCUGCAUGACUGGUAACAUUCACCUGUAUCGAGAGCUGACCUGUGGCAGUGUACUGAAGAGGAUUAUGUCUUUGGAAGAAGAAAUUAUUUCAAAGCAAGUUAAACUCAUAAUACUUGACUCUGUUGCUUCAGUUGUCAGAAAGGAAUUUGACACAAAACUCCAAGGCAACCUGGCAGAGAGAAGUAACUUUUUGGCGAGAGGAGCAUCAGUGUUGAAGUAUUUGGCAGAGGAGUUCUCAAUACCA